AAACACAAUAAUGCCGAAAUAGACAUUGGAUGAAAAAAGAGUAGUCCUAAUGAUUCACAUUUGAUUCACACAUGUUAUGUGUAAGAUAUAAUACUAUAUAAUAUGUGGAAACAUUAGUUUUUUGUGAUCGGGUGUCAUCCUGUGCACAAAGAUUAGUUUCUGUUGUUAGCUCUCUUUAAUAAGUUAAGUAUACGCUGGCAAGCAAAGUGGAUUAAAACUUCAGAAGGCUUUCAUACAGACGCACAGAAAGCUGAUUGGCUACAAAACACACACACCCACACACACACACACACACAUACACACACACUAAUACUUGCAAACCCUUUUCAGUCAACCCACUUGCCAUGCCUGCGUCCUUGGUGGAUGCAACACAUCCUGGCUAUGUGACAGACAUGGGAAACUAUAACAGCUCCACAGUGGAGGAACUACAAGCGUGUGAGAGUCAUCAGUGGUACAGAAAAUUCAUGACCGAGUGCCCGUCCGGAGUUCUUACCUUCUACGAGUUCAAGCAGUUUUUUGGCCUGAGGAAUCUGUCGGACACAUCAAAUGCCUACAUCGAGACCAUGUUCACCACGUUUGACAUGAAUGACGAUGGUUACAUUGACUUCAUGGAGUAUGUGGCUGCACUGAGUCUGGUGCUGAAAGGAGGAGUGCAGCAGAAGCUCCGCUGGUAUUUCAAACUGUAUGAUAUCGAUGGGAGUGGCUGCAUCGACCGCGAGGAGCUGCUUCAGAUUAUUAAGUCCAUUCGAGCGAUCAAUGGAAUCCCUCAGGAGAUGUCCACAGAAGACUUUGCCAACAUGGUGUUUGACAAGAUUGACAUCAACGGAGACGGUGAACUGUCCUAUGAGGAGUUCAUAGAGGGGGUCCAGAACGACGAAAUGCUCCUGAAGACGCUGACGGAGAGUCUGGACCUGACACACAUAGUCCAACAGAUUCAAGGAGAGAUCAGGGCCAACAUUUAGGAUUUCCAACUGUUAGCAGACUUUUACAUGACUGUGCCACAGCAGAAUGAGUGAAGAUGCGAGUUCAGGAUAAUCUACAAUCUUUAAAAUGCAAAGUAUAUGACCAAAUACGCCAUAUGAUUAAAACAUGAGUAGAUAUUCACAGCCAAAAACAAACAUGGUAUCAGGUGCCUGAAGUAAAUAACACAUUCUUUGAAUCUUCUGAUAAACCCCAGCUGAAAUGAAACACCACGAUUUCUAUCCAACGACCAUUAAGUGCUUUAUAUGCAUGAACUUGUUGCAUGUUGUUUAACAGUAAAUACAUGAUGCACUAUCUGCAGCAUUCUGAGACGCUAACUCACCUGAUUGUAGUGUGUUAUAUAGAGUAGACUGUUAUCCUCACUUUGAACCAACACAGAGAAGUGGGUACUUUUGUAAAGCCUUCCAAAACAUUUUUGAACAGGUCUGAUAUGAUGUAGUCACUGAGCACUAGCUGUAAUAUAUAUUUUAAAAUGUUUGUCAGCCUCAGAUGUCUUACUUACAUAGGCAAAUCAAAUCAGGAAAUGAACUUAUUUAUGGUUCCUCAUAGUAGGAGUCAUCCGUGAUCGCACCAAUUCCUCAAACAGUCACAGUGCUUGUGUGUGUGUGUGUGUGUGUGCAUGUGCGUGUGUGUGUGUCUUUCAGAUUCUGAAUACCUCAAAUUGUACCUGUAGGUGACUCAUCUGUCCUUAUUGUUGUUCAGUAUUGUUUUCCUUCUCUCUGCUUCCUUGUAUUUUCUGAGCCCAACUGACAUAAUUUCCCAAUAAAACUCUGAUAUAAUUGAGAUAAAGCAGAGAAAUGUAUGUUAAGUGUUAGCAUAUAAUAACUUUGAAUAUGUAUUUUCACAUUUGAAGACUCCUCAUUGCAGCCAUAAAGGUCCACUGCGCACAUCGCACACAUCCCUGUGAGAUGUUAAUAUAUUGACAAAGCCUUUGAUGCUACAGGCAGUUGGCACGAAUUUGUCCAUGGACACACAACAACACACCCACCUCAUCCCACAUGCAAAACAUUAACAUCACAAACACAUUCGCACACACACAUACAUGCACGGCAACAGGCUCAUUUAGAAAAGUACACCGAAACCAGGAAAAAGAGGGAUGGAUGGAUGGAAGGACCAAGGCAUGGAUGGACAGAUGGAUUGAUGUGGACACGCUCUGAAGCAGUUAGUAGUUUCAGGGAGUGGCUCACUGUUGUCGGGUUGUUGUGGCUCUGAUUAGUGACGGGAUCAUAACAAAUCGUUCGCAGGUCCUGUGGCUCAACUAUUAUGAGGAAAAUAAAUGUAAAUAAAAUACAUUUGAUAUUU